UGCAAUUGUUAGCGACCGAACGAGCAGAGCAGCGGAGUAGAUAAAUUUUCGCUCGCCUGCGAAUAUUUGUAGUGAAUUUGAGCAAGAAACGCUAAUAAGUUAAAAAGUAAAUACAAUGGCCUGCAACGCAAGCAAGACUCCACUCUUGCGCGCUAUCGCUAAACGCGGAUAUGCCGCUAAUGUGUGCCCCCGCCCAGUUGGCGACACCUCGGCCAUCAAUGUGAACGUGCUCGAGAACAAAUUGGUGGUGGCGACAGCUGAUGCCACAGUCCCCGUAUCGCGCGUCUCCAUUGUAUUGCGCGCUGGUUCCCGCAACGAGUCCUACGACACCCAGGGUGCUUCUCAUCUGUUGCGCCUUGCCGGGACCUUAAGCACGCAAAACUCCACGGCUUUUGCCAUUGCCCGUCAUAUUCAGCAGGUGGGCGGCACCUUGACCACCUGGGGUGAUCGCGAGCUUGUCGGCUAUACCGUCGAGACCACAUCUGACAAUGUUGAGACCGGUCUGCGAUACCUGCAGGAUCUUGUGCGUCCCGCUUUCAAGCCCUGGGAGUUGACAGACAAUGCCAAGACGCUGUUAAAUCAGCUGAAUGCCGUCACCACAGAGCAACGUGCCAUUGAGCUGGCACACAAGGCUGCCUUCCGCACCGGUCUGGGCAACUCCAUCUACAUCCCAAGGUUCCAAUUGGGCAGGCUUUCCACAGAAUCCCUGUUGCACUAUGUUGCCAGCACUUUUAAUGCCGGCAAUGCUGCUGUCGUCGGUGUGGGUAUUGACAACAACACUUUGUCCGGUUUUGCUCAGACCCUGGACUUCCCCGGCAAGGGAGGUAGCGGUAAGAGCGGUGCACCCAACUACUAUGGUGGGGAUGCACGCAAGGACACUGCCGGUAACCGUGCCACUGUUGCCGUCGUUGGCCAGGGUGGCGCUGCUUUGAACCACAAAGAGGCUUUGACUUUUGCCAUUCUGCAGCAGGCUGUGGGCGCUGGAGCGUCCACCGCGCACGGUAAGCCAGGCGGCAUAUUUGGGGAAGCUGUGUCUUGUGCCGGUGACGCACCAGUGUCCUUAAAGGCUAUCAAUGCCAGCUACGCGGACGCCGGUUUAUUUGGGUUCGUUGCUUCUGCCGGCGCCAGUGAUAUUGGCAAGGCUGUGGACUUCCUGGUGCGCGCCCUCAAAUCGGGCUCUGUCUCCGAGAAGGAUGUGUCACGUGGCAAGGCUCUGCUGAAGGCACGCAUUAUUGGCAAGUACGCUUCGGAUGGUGGUCUGAUCAAGGAGAUCGGCCGCCAAGCUGCCCUCAGCCGAACUGUGCUCGAUGCGGACACCAUUGUCGCUGCCAUCGAUGGUAUUACGCAACAACAAGUGCAAGAAGCUGCCAAGAAGGUUGCAGGCUCGAAGCUUUCCGUGGGCGCCAUAGGUAACCUGGCGAAUGUGCCCUACGCUUCGGACUUGGCUUAAGUAAAUAAAACGAUAAACUGUAAAUGUAAAUUAAAUCGCGUGCGUCUUAACUAACGAAAUAAACUUGUUGGAAAACAUACAAUACCAUAA